AUGGAUUACUCAUUAGUGACAUUCAGUAAGCUGGAAAGUGCAGUUCACAGCUUAACCUCACUUGAUCGGAAUCUUGUCUGUGCAACAAAGGCUAAUGAUUAUGCAGCUGUAAAAAGCCUUAUUGAAGCCGGGGCCAAUGUAAAUUGUUCUCCAGCAGGAUGGACACCUCUCUACCUUAGUUGUUACUAUGGAUAUACUAAACUUGUACAAUACUUUUUACAACUAUCAUUGAAGGAACUGCGAUGUUGGCCUCCUUCUCAGGUAUGUAUACAAUGUCAGCACCUGUGUUACCAAAGUACUUAUGAUGACCAAGGAAACACCCACUUGAUCGCAGCAGCCAAAGAAGGACACUUGGAGGUUUGCAAGCUUCUCCUUGAGGCUGACAUUUGCUUGGAACAAACAAACAAACUUAAAGAACAGACAGCUUUGCUUGUAGCUGCUGAGCAAAAACAAACCGAGAUCUGUCUCUUGCUUCUCGAAUAUGGUGCUUGUGUUCAGGUUUCUGACAAUAUUGGGAUGACACCACUCUAUGCUGCCAUCAAAUGUCAUGACAGUACAGUCAUACAGAAACUUAUUAGAAAUGGGUGCAAUGUAAACAUUGGAAGCCAAGACCAUCCACCGAUCUUUCUAGCUGCUAGGCUUGGCCAAUUUGAUACUGUGCAAAUGCUUAUAAAAUCCGGCUGCCAGAAAGAUGUUUGUAAUAAAUAUGGUGUAACUCCUGUGUAUGAAUCUACCUUAAAAGGAUACCAUGACAUUUUGGAAUUUUUACUUGAGAAAGGCUGUGAUCCUGAUAAAGCGGAUAUGUACAAGAAAACUCCACUGCACAUAGCAUCUCUCCAGAAUGACCGAAGGGCUGCUGAAUUGCUAGUAACUGCAGGCGCAUCCUUACGUCUCCGGGAUGACCAUAAUUACACAGCAAUCCAACUAGCUUUGAAGUCUGGGAAUGCUGAUGUCCUUGAGUACUUCCUGACAUUUGGUGUUGACUUGUCUCACAAAGAUGCUUUGGGCUCUGAAAGGUUUGCGAUGUUCACAGUCUGUGAAUUAUUUAAACAGUAUCAUAAAAAUAUCUGUUCCUAUCUAUCUAUCUAUCUAUCUAUCUAUCACAGUCUGUUCCUUUCUAUCUAUCACAACUGUUUCCUGUCUAUCUAUCAUCUCACAUUCUGUAUCUAUCUAUCUAUCUAUCUAUCUAUCUAUCUAUCUAUCACAGUCUGUAUCUAUCUAUCUAUCUAUCUAUCUAUCACAGUCUGUAUCUAUCUAUCUAUCUAUCUAUCUAUCUAUAUCUAUCUAUCAUUCAUCUGUAUCUAUCUAUCACAGUCUGUAUCUAUCUAUCUAUCUAUCUAUCUAUCUGUAUCUAUCUAUCUAUCUAUCACAGUCUGUAUCUAUCUAUCUAUCUAUCUAUCUAUCAGUCUGUUCCUAUCUAUCUAG